AUGGGUAUCUCUCUAAGCAAAGAUAACCAGCCGGAGGAUCAGCCGCAGAAGCCAUCGAUUCCAAGGUCAGGUUCACUUCUUAGAAAAGGAUAUAAAGAUAUAAAUGAAGAUUAUAAAUUUCUUAAACAACUAGGCAGUGGUAAAUUUGCAGUCACAUAUCUUUAUAAAGAAAGAAAAACAGGCAAGAAAUAUGCAUGUAAGACCAUACCAAAAAGAAGACUAUUUACGAAUAGUGAAAAAGAGGAUUUGAAAAGAGAAGUUGCAAUCUUGGAGUGUUUAAAAGGUGCACCAAAUGUUGUGGAGUUAAAAGAUACAUAUGAAGAUCCUAAAUAUGUGCAUUUAGUUAUGGAGUAUUGUGAAGGAGGUGAGCUUUAUGAUAAAAUGGAUUCCAAAGGUUUGUUUAACGAAAAAGUUGCUGCACAAAUACUUGGUUCUAUAAUGAAAUUUGUUAGUCUUCUUCAUCGAAUGGGUAUUAUGCAUAGAGAUUUAAAGCCUGAGAAUUUUUUGUUGCCAAAAAAAAGUGCAUUAGGAUUUGUUCCAUGUGCACAAAAAGGUUCAUUAGGACCAUGUUUAGCUGAUGAUUAUUCCAUGAUGAAAGCAAUUGAUUUCGGGUUAUCUACCUACACAGAUGAAGUGACACAGGAUAAAGUUGGAACAGCAUUUUAUGUUGCUCCUGAGGUUUUACGGCGUCAACCAUAUGGAGAAAAAGUCGAUAUAUGGAGUGCAGGGGUGAUUUUGUAUAUGUUACUCACAGGGGCACCACCCUUUUAUGCUGAGACUGAUGAACAGAUAUUCGAGCGCAUAACACAGAAUAAACCACCUGAUAUGGAGAGCUAUCCAUGGACAAAGAGAUCAGACGAAGCCAAAAACCUGGUGAAGAAUAUGCUCUCAUAUGAUCCAAAGAAACGCCCAACUGCCGAAAAGGUUCUUGGGGAUCCAUGGUUGAAGAUUAAUGGAGUAGAAUAUACAAUAGAUGACAAAUUUUCUAAUAAGGUGAAGCACUUUCGAGCUAUGAACAUAUUCAAGAAACUUGCAUACAAGACAAUGACGAAAAUUAUUCCUCAAGAAGAGCUUCAAGAACUAAAAUUAAUGUUUUAUGACAUUGACACGGAUGAAAGGAAACUUAUCAAACCUGAUGAAUUCAAGAACUUGUUGGCUAAGCUUGACUCAAAGCUCACUUCAGAAGAAAUUGAUGAAAUUGUUAAUGCUGCUGAUGUAGACGAAAAUGGAUCUAUCGACUAUGAUGAGUUCAUUACUGCCAUCAUGAACUUUCAAAGAAAACAUAAAGCUGAAGAGCUUCGUAAAGUUUUUAAGCAUUUUGAUAAGAAUGACGACAACUAUAUCUCAAAAGAUGAGCUUAAAUCAGUACUGGAAGAACAUAAAUUCGGCAACGAGGCAACCAUUGAUGAAAUAAUAGAACAAGUUGAUGUAAAUCAGGAUGGUCAUAUAAGUUACAUAGAAUUCGUCGACAUGAUAAAAAAUUAAAGAGGGCAGGCGUUACCGUUCUAAUUCCCUUCGUGAUAUCUUUACCUGACAAAGAAAAGCAGAAAAACAAGCCAUUUUCAUGCCAGUGUCAAAGUGUCUAAAAUGUGUGUGAAAGCUAGUAUUAUGACAAUGGUUGUUAACGGAUGCUUACUGCAAUAAUUAUCAAGCCAUAUGUUCGUUGGUAUUUCAUAGAAAAAAUACGACUGCAUCUUCAAGUCAUAUGUCCUUAUCUGUUUGAAUAAGUUCCGAUAAAUUGUCUUA